UGUAUUUCAAUUUUAUGUAUUUUAAUUUUUUAGAUGGACACGUGACUUAUUCGAACCAGAAUCAUGCUGAGGAUAUUAUUAUUGUUUUAUAUAAUAAUUGCUGUUACUAAUGGGCAUCGUGAUAAAUUAACCAACGAUGCAGAUCUGCAAUCGGAGCUCCUACCGCAAGAGUUGAAUCCGUUCUUUGUACCCGCGGAAGAGUCACAAAUGCAAGCCAUGCCUCUACCGCUGCGUUUACGUCGUGAGUCCGAAGUCGUCACAAUACCGGAGAACACCACAAUACAGCAGGUGAAGACUUACACCCGUAUCGUCGCAGGAGUCGUUUUAGUGCUGUCCGCCAUUGUGGAAAUCGUGUCGUACAUUUUGGAGACAUACGCCACAUAAUUUAGAAAUAAACAUGUUCGUUAUAA